AUGGAAUUGAAUAAGCUUAAUGAAGAAAUACACGAAAGUGAUGUGUUAAUAAAAGUGAACAAUUAUGCAGUUUGGACUCCCGAAGAAAAGUCUUGGUGGAGACGAACACCUAACAAUGGUGCCGGCAAAACAACGUUUUUAGUUUCCGUGGCUGGCAAGUGUAACCUACCGUCUUCUGGUAUAAUAACUGUCAACAACGUCAAUGUCAACCAGAUGCAGCGCGGCGUUGUUGAAAUGGUCCCACAGUUUGAUGUGUUCAUGGAGAGCUUGACUGUGUACGAGCAUUUAGUUUUUAUGACAGAAAUGAAAUUAGGUAGUGUUAAAAAAAUACAGAAUCGAACCAUUUUAAGAUCAUUGAUUCAAGAAUUGAAAUUGAAGGCACUUGAGAACAAUACAAUAUGCACAUUGUCCGGUGGUGAGAGAAGAUUAUUGUCUCUGGCAACAUCUUUACUAUCUAGUCCUUUGGUCUUGGUAUGCGAUGAGCCAACCACUGGCCUGGAUAGCUACAAUGCUUUACUAGUAGUUGGCGUUUUAAAAAAACUGUCAAAAGGCGGGAAGAUAGUCAUUUGCUCCGUACAUCAACCCUCUUCGGAUCUAUUCAAAGAAUUCAACUCUGUGUGUUUGAUGUCGGAAGGAAAACUAGUGUUUCAUGGUACCCAACGGGAGUGUAAAGAACAAUUUGAGAGGGUAAACCUCAGAUGUCCGCUUAAUUUCAACCCAGCGGAGUUUUACAUUAGAGCUGUAUCAAAUACCAGCACGUGUGUUAAAGAAAUAAUGGAAAAUAACCGAGACUCUUCGGUUUUCGGUAAACAAUUCUCAUACUUUUUCAAUUAUUCUAGAUGCCAAAGGAAUUGGUUUAAGCAAGUACAAUUAAUGAUUUGGAGGUCCUCCUUAUCUUUGAAGAGAGAAGUAAAGAACUACAUCUUCCAGCUGUUUAUUUGCACGCUGAUAUCCUCAAUGAUCAUAGGAACGUGUUACGUCGGGAUAUCGGGGACGACGCAGCGUGGGGUCCAAGACAUGAGGGGGUUUCUUUGGCUCAUGUGCUCGGAGGUCUCCUUCAGUUUGUCCUACGUUGCUUUAUACGCUUUUGAAUUCGACCUGAUUCUGUUCAAGAGGGAGGUCGGCGUGUAUACAACCUCUGCUUUCUAUGUGUGCAGGUUUUUGACUUUGAUGCCAAGAUGCCUAGUGUGGCCAGUUGCUUACGUCAUAAUAGCGACGCUCGCGGUCGAACUGCCGGAUCACAUUUUGACAGCUGUCAAAUUCGCCGCUUCUCUCAUAAUAACAGCCAUUGCAUCUACCGCUUAUGGUCUCGGUAUGGGCGCUUUAUUCACUUCCACUGGUGUUAUGGGUGACGUCAUGCCUUGUGCCGAUCUUCCAUUGUUCAUAAUGUCAGGAGCAUUUCUACGAUUAUCAUCAUUACCUAUUUGGCUGUAUCCUCUGAAGUAUUUCUCCCAUUUCUACUACGGUAUGGACGCCAUAAGCAACAUUUAUUGGAGGCAAAUAGAUUCGAUUGAUUGCCCAGCUAACUCCACCUCCACUUGUUACGAAAAUGGUAUGUCUGUGCUGGUGGAAAAUGGAUAUUCUGAAGACUUCAUAUUCGAAGAUUACAUGGGUUUUCUGUUCGUCACAGUCGUAUGGAGUUUAGUAGGUUUUUACGGACUCAAAAGGGAAGAAAUUAAAGGCUACGCGUAUUGAAACAGCUUUUUAUUUAUAAAAGUAUAAAUACAAUAUAAAAUUGUAUAGAAAAU